AUGGUCAACCGUCUACUAAAUCCAAAUGAAUCUACAACUUUUGGAAAAUCAUUGCUGUUAAGAGUAGAUGGUGCCAUUGGUGCCAUGUCUUUAUCCCCUAAUGGUAGAGAUGCAGUAUUAGCUGGUAGAAGAGGAUUAUUUAUCAUAGAUAUGGAUGAUCCAUUUACUCCUCCAAGAUGGCUUCAUCAUAUAACGUCUUGGGAAGUGGCAGAUGUUCAAUGGUCACCACAUUCAUUAAUCAAACCAUCAUGGUGUAUAUCAACUUCAAAUCAAAAGGCAUUAUUAUGGGAUUUGAGUCGACCUUCAAAUAAUGCAAUUGCAAAUAUAUUACAUGCUCAUACGAGAGCAAUUUCAGAUAUUAAUUUCCAUCCUUCAGAUCCAGAAAUUUUAGCUACUUGUUCAAUUGAUACGUUUGCAUUAAGUUGGGAUAUGAGAACUCCGAGAAAACCAGUUGGUCAAUGGGCAGAUUGGAGAGCUGGUGCUAUCCAAGUUAAAUGGAACCAUGAAAAUCCAUAUGAGAUUGCAUCUUCCCAUGAUAAUCUGUUCUAUGUUUGGGAUACAAGAAAAGGAGCAUUACCAUUUGUCAAAGUCUCAAAAGCUCAUGAAGGUAAAAUUAAUGGUCUUGAUUUUACACAAGGUUUGAAAAAUGUUAUAACUUGUUCAAAUGAUAAUACUAUAAAAUUUUGGGAUUUGAGAAGUGAGAAUGCUCAAAAAGCUAUAAAUGAAUUCAACUAUUUUAGUAACUCCAUGGAUGAUACAUUUAAAGCUAGUGUUGUAAUAGAAGCUGAUUUUCCUAUAGCAAGAGCUCGUACAUUACCUUUCGGUUCAGAUAAAGCAGUUGGUGUUAUGCCAUUAAGAGAUGGACAAGAUUCAAUACAUAUUGUCAACUAUGAAGAUGCUUAUCAACAAUAUUUAGCGACUAAUGAAACUCAACGUGUUUCCGGAGAAUUCGUUUACUCGUUCAAAGGUCAUCGUGGUCCAAUCAAAGAUUUUUUAUGGAGGACCAAACAUGAGAAAUAUAAAUAUUUUGAAUCUAAAAACAAUUGGAAAGAUUAUCAAUUAGUCACUUGGUCAGAUGAAGAUGUUGAUUUGAAAUUAUGGCCAAGUGAUGAUGAAAUUUUUAAACUGGUUAAUUAUGAUCCAACUUUUUUUAAUGUAUUUAAAGAAGAUCAAGAUGGAGAUUUUUCAGCAGAAAGAACUCCAACUGAGGAAGAUUUACACACUUAUGAAACUUAUUGUUGUGAGCCAAAAGUCACAAUUGAUGAUGUUGCUAAGACUAAUGGUGGAGAUGUUUUAUCAGCUAUAACAUUAUAUCAAAUUGCUGAGAAAAGGAAACAGUCUGGAUAUGAAUUUAGUCAACUUGAUCAUUUGGAUUGGAUAUCGGGAGUUAGAAUUGGACAUGCAGCUAGAGGAGACAGAAAAGAUAGUUCCACUACUAUUGAAGAUGAAGGUCCAUCAAAUUUAGGUGAAGAAGUUAGUAUCGUAGGUCAUAAAUUCCCAUUUAUUAGAUUUGAAAAAAUCUCAGUAUCAACAGGUGAGUUAGUAAUUAGUUUGAGGGGUCCGACAGUAACGACCGAACAAUCACAAGAAAAGAGAGGCUCCAUAGACUCAAUUGAAGCAAGUCAUUUGGAAACUGUAAACUCAACGAAAGAUAAAAGUGUUUUGAGUGAAGAUGGUAAAGAAUUCGAUAAAAAAAGUUUUUCAGAUAAAAGCAUAAAGAAUGCAAAUAUCGAUGAAGUAUUGGAUGAACCAAUUGAGCAAAAAUUAGUUUUCAUACGUCUUUCAAUAGAUUUUCCAAAAUCUUAUCCAUAUCUUGAAGAAAUUGAAUUCGCAAAAGGUAAAUCCAACAAAAAAAUUCAAAAAUUACUGAAACAAAAUCAAAUCAAGUUUGAAAUUGAAGAGACUCAUGAAUUAACCUAUGAAAUGAAAACUUCAAUGGAAAAAACUAUAAGUGGUAUUGCAAAUUUUUACACAAACAAGUAUCAAAGAUUCUGUUUGGAACCUUGCUUGAGAUUUUUGUUGGGUGAAAAAAUUGAAUUAGAUGAUGAAUUAAUGAUGGAACAUAGAAGAGAUAGCGCUGAAGAAGAUUCUUAUUUACCUGAAGUUGGAAAUGAAGGUUGGGUAGAUGAUUUGAUUAGUCAACAGCCUGAUUUUAAUGGUUAUUCUUCGGGAGAAGAUAAUGAUCCAGAAUAUGGAGAUCUUUUCCCAGCUGUUACUAAUUUGGGGGUAGAUGCUAAUGCAACUGGUCAAGAGUUAAUUGAAACUCCUGGUAAUAUUGAUCAAAAGCCACCUAAUUUUGAUUCAACACCAAUACCUAAAGGUUGUGGUGCAAUGUGGAGUCCAACUGGUCAAUUGGUAUGCUUUUUUAUUCCUAAAACUAAUAUGGGAAGUGAGAAAGACAGCAAUGAAUCUCAAAAGUUUAAUAUACUAAAAUUUACUGAUAACGGGUUCAGUGUCAAAACACAUCAACAUCAUAAUCAUCAUCAUCAAUCAACUAUUUCAUCAGACUCAGAACUGGAACACUCGGAUUCCAACGAAUCUAAUGAAGAUUCUGAUGAAAAGGAAGGAGAUGAAUCAUCUUCUGAUGAAGAUUUCGAAGAGGAUCUUGAAGAACUACUAAAACAUGAUGCAUCAGCUAGAAAUAGAAUGCCUGGAUUGCUUCGAUCAAAUUUCGGUUUAGGAAGUAGAUUUAUUAACAAUGAUGGCAGUCACAAAUCAUCUUUGAAAAAAUUAACCAGUCAUGGAGAGUCAUUAUCAAAUUAUAAAUCUUCCUUGAAGGGAGAGAAGAAGAAAUCAAAUGGGAAAAAUAAAAACAUAGUUGGAAUUUUUGAUUUUAGUCAUUUAUUACCUAAUAGAUUAGAAUUAGCAAAAGAGUAUAAAGUUGUUGGAGAUACUCCAGAAAAUUUAGCUGCUCAUAAUUCAAGAGUUGCAUCAAAAUAUGGCCUAAAAGAAGUUGGAGAAGUUUGGAAAAUUUUAGAAAUCUUAUUAAAUCAAAGUGCUGCUGGCAGCACUACACUACAACCACCUAUUGGAAAUGACCAAUUUAAAGAUAAAUAUUUAUCAAUAUGGGGUUCACAUCCAUUUGGCUAUACAUGGUUAAUACAAGAAAUUUUUCAAUACUAUAUAAAAAAUCAAAAUACUCAAAUGUUAGCAAUGAUGUCUUGUAUUUUAUACAGAAGUCCACAUAUGUUAAAACAAACAAGAUCAUCUGAAUUGCUAAAUUUUGCACAAAAUCACAAUGAUGGACAAUCAAUAAUAAGUCGUGGAAGUACGAUGUUGGAUCAAAAAUCCGAAUUUACAUAUGGUGAUCAUAGUCAACAACUGUCUGGUAGAAGAAAAGAUUCAAGACUCACAAAUAGUUACGCUCAUUCUUUGACUUCUUCUGCUGAUAAUAUAAGUUUAAGAACAGAUUCACCAGAUAAAUAUGGUUAUUCAAGAAAAUUCGGUCCUUCUUUACAUUCCAUAGCUGCAAAAAAUGGAUCUCAAAAUUCAUUAUUUGAAAAUGAAAUUAAAAUACCAACACCAAAAAGAGCAAUAAAGGGAAUUGCAGAAAAACCUAAAAUUCCUAGAAAAUCAAUAGGACCAAAAUGGAGAAUAGAUCCACCUCCAAUUGUUACUAUUGACUUACAAAAUGAAGAAGAGUUGGAUUUAUUUGAAGAGUCAUUACCAAAUGACUUACCUAAUUUUUUAAGUGAUGAGAAAAUGAAAUUAUAUAGACUGCUAUAUGCUGAAACAUUAUAUGAUUGGGGAUUACCAAUGACAAGACUUGAAAUAUUAAAAUUCAAUUAUGAUGAUAAUCCUCAAGGAAAUGAUUCAUCAUUCACAACACAUGAAUGUAGGAUCGGACUCAGAAAAAGAAAUAGACAGACUCCGAAUCAAAUUUUCAUCAAUACUGUAUCAUCAGUUGUUGUUAAAUAUCCAAAUGCUUGGAAUACAAAUAAAAGACAACUUAUCAAAUAUUGUAUUUUAUGUAACUUAGCAGCAACUAAAAAUUUUACAUUAUGUGGUAAUUGUGAACAUAUUUUACAUACAGAAUGUGCUAGUGAAUGGUGGUCAGAAAAGAAUCAAGAAUGUGCAAGUGGUUGUGGUUGUAAAUGUUUAGAACAAUCAAUUUAUCAUUGA